CGUCUCUCCUCCAGUCUCCACUCUCGCGUAGCCCCAUCCUCAUUGCAUCGCCGCCGCUGCGCUUCAACAAUCCCCGACCAAAUUUAACGGGAAAUAAUCCGACAAUGCCUAUCAUUAGUGUCGGAAGAGACCGCUUGUUCGCUGCCCUCGGAGAAUCCUACACUAAUGAAGAGUUUGAGGAUCUGUGUCUAGUGUUUGGUAUUGAGCUUGAUGCUGUGACAACUGAGAAAGCAAUAAUUAGGAAAGAAAAACAUAUCAAAGAAGAAUCUGAUGAUGACGAAGAAGUUAUCUACAAGAUUGAGAUUCCUGCCAACAGGUAUGACUUGCUCUGUCUCGAAGGGCUUGCUCAAGCUCUUCGUAUUUUCAACAAGAAAGAGGUGAUACCAACGUAUAAACUGUCUGACAUCGGCAACGACAAUAUGCUUAAAAUGAAUGUUAGAUCUUAUCAGACAUGUCAGAUUCGCCCGUAUAUUGUCUGUGCUGUUUUAAGAGGUGUAGCCUUUGAUGAGGCCCGUUACAGCAGCUUUAUUGAUCUUCAGGACAAGCUACAUCAGAACAUUUGCAGGCACAGAUCCCUGGUUGCUAUUGGAACUCAUGACUUAGAUACAUUACGUGGCCCUUUCACAUAUGAAGCUCUGUCGCCAAUGGAUAUAAAUUUUGUACCUCUGAAGCAAACGAAGAGCUUCAGGGCUGACGAACUAAUUGAAUUCUACAAGUCAGAUUUGAAGUUGAAGAAGUAUCUACACAUAAUUGAGAGCUCACCCGUUUUCCCUGUUUUAUACGACAGUAAAAGAACGGUGUUGUCACUGCCACCAAUUAUCAAUGGUGCACAUUCAGCAAUUAGCCUGCAGACAAAGAACGUCUUCAUUGAAUGCACAGCAACUGAUUUGACCAAGGCCAAGAUUGUUUUAAAUACAAUGGUUACAACCUUUUCUGAAUAUUGUGAGAAGAAAUUCGAGAUUGAGCCUAUUGAGGUUACGUAUGACAGCGGAGAGUCAUACAUCUAUCCGGAUCUUGCAGUCUACGAUAUGGAAGUUCCUGUCUCCUAUAUCACUGACUCAAUUGGAGUCUAUUUGGAGGUGGAAGAGGUAACAAGUCUGCUGAACCUAAUGCAGUUGCCAGCUGAGCGUUCAAUAUCAAGUGAUAACCAGUGUCUCGUAAAAGUACAUGUUCCUCCAAGUCGAAGCGACAUGCUCCACCCAUGUGACGUUAUGGGGAAAGUCGCCAUUGCCUAUGGGUACAAUAACAUCCCGACAAGAAAGCCUGCUUCGAUAAAACCACUGCCUUUGAAUGAGCUCAGCGAUCUUCUCAGAUUAGAGAUUGCAAUGAAUGUGUACACCGAGGUGGUGACAUGGAUACUGUGCUCGCACAAGGACAACUUUGCAUUGCUAAAUAGAGAAGAUAACAAUUCAGCUGUUAUAAUUGGGAACCCACGGUCUACUGAUUUCGAGGGAGCAAGAACGAGGCUAAUGCCUGGAUUACUGAAGACAGUUGGUUCUAACAAAGACCAUCCUAAACCUAUCAAGAUCUAUGAAAUUGGGGACGUGACCUUAUUGAAUGAAACAAAAGACGUCGGUGCAUCCAAUCGCCACCAUCUCGCUGCACUACACUGUGGUGCUACUUCUGGAUUUGAGCUUAUACAUGGCCUCGUCGAUAGAAUCAUGGAAGUAAUGGGAGUCCCAUUUAUUCCAACCGGUGACAAUACAGGAUACUAUAUAAACCGCUCUGAAGAACCUGAGUUUUUAACUGGUAGACAAGCCAGUAUCAUUUACAAGGGGAAACAUGUUGGUAACUUUGGGAUCGUGCACCCUCAGGUUUUGAACAACUUUGACAUUACUGAUCCAUGCUCUUUCGUGGAAAUUGACAUCGAAGCUCUCCUUUAGAAAGGCUUCUACUAUCUCUGGAUGUGCUCAUCACAAAUUCUUGAUUCUGUUUGUUGUAAGGAUAAAUAGAGGAUCAUUCCUACAAAAAUCUUUUGCCUUUUAUUUUCCUUUUAUGGAUUAACUUUUUUACAAUUUCGCAAAAAACAUUUUUAAUAUUUGUAUGCUGGACUGUAAAAUGGAGGUUAUUUCAUUAAUGUCUUUCCUAAAAUAAGAUAUUAACUGCUGUGUGAAUUAAUGUGAGAGUAUGAAUGC